AUGACAACAAUAACGACGACUCCUGGUUUCCUUGACGACGAAAUCGAUUUUCAGUCACAUUUGGGAAAUACAUCAUCUUUUCGUGUUCCUAAAGCAGGAGGGGGUUUAGGAGAUGAGAUAUGGGAGUCGAGUCAAUCAAACAUAUAUUAUGGUUGCUCCCAAAAAAGCCUAAAAUUUCAAGCUGUCGAUGAGAAGACGAACCCGAAUCGAUUCUUAAUGAUCAUCACCAGUGGUGGUCUGAAUCAACAACGCACCGGGAUAACCGAUGCUGUUGUUGCAGCUUACAUACUUAACUCUACAUUAGUGGUUCCAAAAUUAGAUGAUAGAUCAUACUGGAAAGAUCAGAGCAACUUUUCCGACAUUUUUGAUGUUGACUGGUUCAUAUCGUAUCUCUCAAAAGAUGUGCACAUCGUAAAAGAGCUUCCUGCAGAUAUGGAUGGAAGAGUCUUUCAUCCAUAUAAAGCUCGUGUACCCCGUAAGUGCGAUGUGGAAUGCUAUGAAUCUCAUGUUCUACCUCUUUUAGAAAAGAAAAAGGUUGUCAUGCUUACAAAAUAUGAUUAUAGGCUGUCGAAUAUGUUAGAUACGGAUCUACAGAAGCUGAGAUGUCGAGCAAAUUAUCAUGCAUUGAGAUAUACAGAUCCAAUUCGCUACAUGGGCAAAAAAUUGGUAGAAAGAAUGAAGAUGAAAAGUGAGCGUUAUAUUGCUCUACAUUUGAGAUUUGAAUCCGAUAUGCUUGCAUUCUCCGGGUGCUACUUUGGUGGUGGAGACAAGGAAAGGGAAGAAUUGGAACAAAUACGAACGAGAUGGGAAACAUUACCUAAACGAAACCCUGGUAAAGAACGAAGGCAAGGGAAAUGUCCCUUGACACCGGAGGAAGUCGGGCUUAUGCUAAGAGCUUUAGGAUAUGGAGAGGAUGUUCACAUAUACGUGGCAUCUGGUGAAGUCUAUGGAGGUGAAAACACAUUAUUGCCUUUGAAACAACUUUUUCCAAAUUUUCAUUCUAAGGACAGUCUUGCAACUAAGGAAGAAUUAGCACCAUUUGCGCCAUAUUCUUCACGUAUGGCUGCUUUAGAUUUCAUCGUUUGUAAUGAAAGCGAUGUAUUUGCAACCAACAACAAUGGCAACAUGGCUAAAAUGUUAGCUGGAAGAAGGAGAUAUUUUGGGUACAAACCAACAAUCAGACCAAAUGCCAAGAAACUUUAUCGAUUGUUUUUGGAUCGUGGUAAAAUGACAUGGGAAGAAUUUGCCUCAAGGGUUCGAACUCACCAGAUAGGAUUCAUGGGGCGACCAAACGAGUCUAAGCCUGGAAAGGGCGAGUUCCAUGAAAAUCCAAUCGCAUGCAUAUGCGAAGAUUUAAGUAGUCAAAGUCAAAUUCAAUAUGAAAGUGAAAGUGAUGAAAAUAUAAUUCAACAUCAAAGUGAACUGAAUAGCCAUGAUGUUCAAGACAACAAAAACACUAAAAAUGAGUAAAAAGUUGUACUGAAGCACACAAAAUCCAGUAAAGAAGAAUACAACAUUUCUUUAGUACAAUACGGAGAGAAUGCAAAUGGUUCUCGAGUUGAAGACUUCACAAGAAGAAACAUUAGCAAUUCGGGUGAAGUUGUAGAAUGUCCUUCCGACUAACCCGUUGGCAUCAUAUUUCCAUUGUUUUCAUAAGGAUGUAGUUUAAUUAGGUCACUUCAAGAUUGAACAUAAUCAUCAUAAACACAGUAUAUCGAAGAAAUAGUAUUAACAUGUUAGGAGAAUGUGGUACAUAUAAAUAAUAUAUACACAUCUUCUAUA